AUGGGGUACCUGGGUAUCGCGGGUGUUGGAAUUGGGUCCGGACUUUUCCAUGCGACAUUGAAGAAUUAUACACAAUGGUGUAAGUCUCAAUACCUUCCCUAACCCUGAAUACGCCUUGCCGUCAAAACAGAUUACUAGGCGAAUUUUGGGGGUGCCUCUCUGCAGGAAAUGAAGUGACGAAUAGCAUUUCCUGUCUCACUCUCCAAGAGAGCGGCUUUGGCGAGAGAUAAGCUAACGUUCUCGGUUCUUAUAGGUGACGACCUAUCAAUGCUUGUUGCAACGGCAACCGUCAUUCACAGAGUCUUCACAUUCGACAAAUCUUUGACCUACACUGUCGUCCAUGGAGCAAUACUGAUUGCAUGUUUCACCGCAUUCUCUACUUGGCACUGUAUCAAAGAUGAACUCAUUAUGCACUCUGUCAUCUUCGGUAUAAUGAUAGCCGUCGUUGGACUGAAGACUCGUUCCAUCAUAAAUGCACGUGUCACUGACCCGGCUGUGCGAAAAGAUGUGCGACUCUUGACUGCAUGGGGUGGUCGUAUGUAUCUCUUCCCAUGCCUCCUAAAUUUGCAACUAAUCUGUAUCAGUAAUCUUUGUGACCGGCUUCGCAAUUUGGAAUGUUGACAACGCCAUGUGUAGUCAAUUGACAGCAAUUAAACGAACCAUUGGUAUGCCGUGGUCUUUUGUCAUCGAAUUACAUGGAUGGUGGCAUAUUUUCACAGGGAUGGGGGCGUAUAUCUGUAGGUUUUCUUUUCCUUAUAAUUAUUCAAAAUAGCGCUUACUAUAUAGUCAUUGCUCUGGUCGAGUACUUGACUUCCGAAGAAGCAGGACAGCCACUCGGAACACGCUUCGCCUGGCCUGUAGGCUCUAUCAUCGCUGGCCGGGGAAGUGAGACCAAAGAAAACGGUAACGAAAGCCUCGAACACGUCAACGGAAGUGGCAACAGCAUUGAGAAUCUCAAGCACACCAAUGGCAAUACUAAUGGAGUUGUUGACGGAAAUGGGAAAAGUACUGGUGGGGUUAAGAAGAAUCGUUGACGAUUCGCGAUGUUUGCUUUCUUGCUGCUGUGAGCUUUGAUUUUGUUUUUGCGUCUUGUUGUAGAAGGAUCUCUUUUCGGAAGACGUAUAUAUGGGUUUUGUGGCUUGGCUUCAAAUUAGCUUCUUGAGGCUAUGUGGGUGAG